AACAAAACAUUUGAGGGCGGAAGUGAGGUGAGAAGUUCCACUCGCGCUUCCGAUCUCGUAAUCCACUUGUUGAAGCGGAGCGAGUUAAGAAGGUUCGUUAAACGGAUAUGUCUAUUUAAACAAUAACAGUUUCAUUUGAGUGAGCGCAAUGUUAGGCUUUCGGGAAGCUGGCGUUAUCGGUGUCUCCGUGGCUCUGGCUGGGGGGCUGGCCUAUAUCGUCUGGAACUACGCGUUGUUCUCUCGGGAGUCCGGUGAAACUCGCCCGGGGGACAAGGGUGAGAGCUGUCGGGAGAGGCGAAGGCCCGCCGGGGAAAAAACGAAGAAAGAGGUGGUGGAGAAGAGUGGGAAAGACGCCGAGGAAACCGUCGAUGCCCGCGUUGAGACUAUUUACUCCGCCGAGAGAGCCCGGAGAGUAUCCGAGUCAGCAUCAGUUAAGACAGAGGGGACUCAGGUGCUCGUUCUGGGUCUGGAUGGAGCUGGUAAGUCCAGUCUGCUCCACUGUUUAGCCAUCGGUAGCCUGGAUUUGGACAUUGAGCCGACACAGGGCUUCAAUGCCGUCUCCAUCAACAGAGAAGACCUGCACAUUGAAUUCCUUGAGAUCGGCGGAAAGGCAGAGCUCAGGCCUUACUGGCCGAGAUACAUGUCCAAGGCUCUGCUGCUGGUAUUCGUAGUGGACUCGUCUGCUCCGCAGCUCUUUGGCGUUGCCAAGGCACAGUUGCACGAGCUGCUCAAUGCCGACCCCCGCUUGCCGCUAAUGGUACUGGCCAACAAGCAGGAUCUUCCGGGCGCCUGCAGCAUCACCGACCUGCACGACGCUUUGGAGCUUUCCGAGGUGGGAGAGCGCAAGAUGUUCCUCAUCGGCACGUGCGUCAAGAAGGGCGAAGGUGAAGUCAGCUCGGGUGUGCGGGACGCCCGAGAGCUCAUUAUCCAAAUGGCCAGCGGCAAGUAAACGUCGGUCGACCUAAUUUUCUAUUUCCCCACCUUUAUGCCUGCCGGCGUCAUUAUUGUUCUGUUGUACUCAUUUUGCCGUGUUCACGGGUGGCCGCAAAAGUAGCGGUGACUGAAACAAAGUUGAAACUGAACCAAAGAUGUUUUCAACAAAUUUGUAGUAUAAAAAUUCCACUUUUUUAUGGGUCCAAAUAUGGCUUUCAUCUAAUAUUGUGACUUGUGACUUUUUUUUCACAAAAGGAUUAUUUUUUUUCUUGUAAUUGAUCUAUACAGGUAAUGUGACGAAGAGUUUUUCUCAAAAUACGCAGCUAUAAUUGCGAGGAAAAAGGUCAUAUUUUAAUACAUGAUAAUUGUAACGUUGCAAUUCCCAUUUUUUGGUGAAAAAAUUGUAAGAAAAUAUUGUUAAUGUUAAAAAGAUAAAGUCAAGAUAUUGCAUGGAAAAAGUCAUCAUCGAGCAAAAGUAUUAUUCUGACUUUAUUCUGGUAUCUUUUUUUCUGUUUGUAAUAUUACGAAUUUCUGCUCAUAGCAUUUCAAAAUAUAUGAUUCUCGAAACAUUGUUACUUUUUCUCUUGUAUUACAAUGAUAUUUUUGUCACAUUGGUACUCUUUAGAUCAGGGGUGCCCAUUAGGUCGAUCCUUUUCUACCGGUAGAUCUAAGACAGGUCCCAAGUAGAUCUGAGGAGUGUCAAGGAGAAAAAAAACAAAACAACCAGUUGUGCGUCUUUGUACAUGUUAGUAAUAUUUUUUUUGUGUUAAUGUACGCUUCACCCUAAUCAUCCUAUCAGUCUCAUUUUCACAAAAAAAAAAAAGUUUUAAAAAUAAAACAGAGCAGGUAAAUCUUGAAUUUACGAUGGCGUGUAAUUUCGUCACCGGAAGUUGUUAGCGCCAGUAAUGGUAGAUCCCGGGAGGUUAGUUGAUCGAAAAGUAGAUCUUCGGUCCAAAAAGUGUGGGCACCCCUGCUUUAGAUGAUCUGAUCUUCCUCACGCUCCAUUUUAACUUAGAGCAUGACACUUUACAACCACAAGAUGGCGCGAAAGUUCAAUGAAAGAUUUUCAGGAAACAGUCAAGCAAAAACUUGUGAUAACCUUUUUUUUUAUAUAUAUAUAAAACAACGGAAGUGAGGGUGACUUUUCCGCGUGUGAAUUGCUACUUGAAAAGUUAUAUGACAGUAACUUAUACUAAUGAAUGUCAAUAUGGUGAUUUAUUUUUCAACUUGUACUUUCAAUUGAGAGAUUUUCAAGAUAGAAAAUUGUAGAUUUUCUUAAAGGGAUUUUACAAGAAUAACGGAAUUACUCAAGUUCAAAGUUAUCGAAAAAUGUGGAUUUUAAAGUUAAAAAGUCGUAUAUAUUCAAUAUUAAAGUAAUAUUUUUGAGAAAAUGCUGUAUAUUUUUGAUAUUAUACAACAUAUUUCACAUACAAUUAUGUCUUUAAUUUCUUACAUUAACCUAUUUUUAUUUUUAUCCUUUUGGGAUUCUAACCAAAAAUCCCCCAAGUGAGAAAAAAAGUGUUUGUUUUUUUACCAAUUAAAAUUAAAGAGCAUUGCGUAAUGAA